AUGCUGAAGAGAAAACUGGACGAGACGGUGGAUGGUGGAGGAGAGCCGGACAAUGCCACCACUUCCAAUGGGCAGUCUGAAAGUGAUGAUAGCAACUGCAGUGCUGGGAGUACAGAUGCCUUGGCACCUGAAGUUGCUUCAGGCCCAUCUCCACCGAAGAGAAUGAAGAAGAAGGUGAACUUCCAAGGUGUGACAGUGUUCUACUUCCCCAGGAGGCAGGGCUUUACCUGUGUACCCAGUGAAGGUGGCUCCACUUUAGGGAUGUCGGAAAAACACAGCUUCACUCGGGACUUCACGCUGUCCGACUACACAAAAGAACAGAAGCGCAUCCACCGUGCCAUCCUGGCAGAACAGCGCAGACAAGGUAGGCUGUUUCCCUCUCACCUGCUGGCGUCCAGCCUGCCUCCGUUGGAUGCUGCAGAGGUUUCCUCUGGAAGUGAGAGUGACAGUGAAUAUGACGACUACUAUUUCCUGCAGCCUCUUCCCAUACGACAGCGGCGGAUUUUGUUAAGGACUGCAGGGGUGAAGAAAAUUGAUAACGAUGAGAAAGACGAAUGCAGAGACAUUAGGGUUUCCAGAAACGUUUGUGGCUGUGACUGUAAAUUAUUUUGUGACCCUGCGACUUGCUCCUGUAGCCAAGCUGGCAUACAGUGCCAGGUCGAUCGGUUGUCUUUCCCUUGUGGGUGUACAAAAGAUGGAUGUAGUAACCCAGCAGGAAGAGUUGAAUUUAAUCCCAUCCGAGUGAGGACACAUUUCAUUCACACUCUUAUGAGGCUGGAGUUGGAAAGGAAAGAUUCAGAAUGCCUCCAUGGGAAUUCAGCCGCAGCAAUGACAACUUGUUUUUCACCAAAGUCUUCAUCGGUUGGUGGUGAAAUUGAUGUGGUAGGAGCUAUAGGAGAAGAGAGUGAAGUGAUAAGCAGCCCAGGUAAUGCAGAAGAUAGGAAUGAUGACAGUUGCGGCGGGGCCAGUAAUGAUGCUGGGACCAGCAGUGGAAUGAAGGUGCUGAAGAGCAGGCUGAAAGCUAAGAAGGCAGAGAUGAUUGAUCUGAAUAUGUACAACAGUAAUGAGAGAGGUAGUUGUAGGGAUUGUCAGAACACAGACAUGUGCAAUGUUAUGAUGCAUGAUGUAAAAUUUUCAAUGGUGGCACAGCAACAUCGGCAGCAACAGCAGCAGCACCACCAACAGCAUAUCAUCACUAGUACACCUCUGGGCUCACAGCCAGGGUAUCCAGGAGCACUGGUGCCACAGUUGCAACAGCAGCAUCAGCAUCAUUUAGGUCUGUCGUCCAGCAUUUCACUGCUACAUCCAGCACCCCAGCAGUCACAGCCACUGCCUCCUCAGCAUCAGCAGCAGCAGUCUCGUCACAUGCUGCUGUUUAACGAUGGGGAAGAGGAAGUCUACCAGGCAGAAAACACCACAUCUAUGUACUUUGACAUCGAUGACAACUCCUACUCUGAGAUGAGCGACCCAUCUCCAGAUGCUUUGGACAGAAAUUCGUUCUCUGGUGUAACCCAAAGUGGGUUUUCUGGUAAAUUUCACAUGUCCCAGUCUCACUUAUUCAUGGCACAGGGCAUGAGCUCACUCAGUACUAACAGCAAUGGUACUGUUCAUAGCCAUCCACCUGGUUUGUCCACCCAGGCUUCUAUUCUCAACCAGUCGGCCAUGCAAGCCCAUCAUAUCAAUGGCAUGGGACAUAGUUCUACAGCAGCUUGUAAGACGCUAGGUUUGGAACAGCAUCAGUCUUGUGAACUGAUGACCCCUCUCCAUGCUCAACAGAAAUCAGCAGCCAGUGGGCAGUCUUUGCUGACCUGUCCAUUGCUACCAGCGGCUCUCCCAGUGACUCUUGGCCACUGUGUGGGCACAGAGGGCACCAUGACACCAAGCUCAGGACCUGCCUCACAGAAAGCAUUUUUGACUUGCCCACAGAUAGAUGCGAACCUAGAACUCGCAGGUCCUGAUGGUAGUUUAAUUUUGCCAGGAGCAUCUUCCAGCUUUCAGAAUAAGUUUGAUCAUAAAGACGGGGUGAAGCUGGAUCCAUCUCUACUUGCAAACCAUACCUACACUUCUAACAACUCAACAGGGACAAGUGUAGAUUAUUUGAGGCAGCAGAACCAUGACAGUUUUCCUUCGCUACCGUCAGUUGGGUUUACCAGUUUGACCACCACUGUUGUUAAUGGCAAUGAUAUGACCAGCUUCCAACCUCUCCAGUCAGUGCAGCAUUCUUGGAGCACAUCUUCAACUACUAAUCCACCUUUGAGAGAAUGUUGUGGUUCAGUGACACCAGCUUGUUACCCAAGCUUGUGA